CGCUGAGGUGCCCCGACGCUUCUGCAUGCCGGUGGUAGGCUCGACUCCCACAAGAGGUGGGAGCCCCUCAGAGCUUGGAGUGAAGACAGAAGCCCACCCAACCCUCCUCCCCACUGUGCUGUGGGAGAGUGGAGAGGAGGAGUGAAUGGUCACCGGGUGGGGGUCCCGACCAUGAGAGGGGGUCCCGGCGGCUCCCUGAAGUUACUCACUCGUUGGCGGGAGGUGACAGCCCCGGCCUCCCCCUGACCAUGGAGGCUGGGGCCAACUCCAGCAGCCCUCUCCUCAACGCCUCCCGCCCGCGGCCGGCGCCCGAUCUCGGCCGCUACUCGCCGGAGGCCGUAGCUGGGCUCUCCGCCCUGGUGGGGCUGCUCAUCCUCUUCACGGUGGCGGGCAACGUGCUGGUGGCGAUCGCCGUGUUCACCAGCCGCGCCCUGCGGCCACCCCAGAACCUCUUCCUGGUGUCGCUCGCCAGCGCCGACAUCCUGGUGGCCACUCUGGUCAUGCCCUUCUCGCUGGCCAACGAGCUCAUGGGCUACUGGUACUUCGGCACGGCGUGGUGCGACAUCUACCUGGCCCUGGACGUCCUCUUCUGCACCUCGUCCAUCGUCCACCUCUGCGCCAUCAGCCUGGACCGCUACUGGUCCAUCAUCAAAGCCGUGGAAUACAACCUCAAGAGGACACCCCGCAGGAUCAAAGGGGCCAUCGUGACCGUGUGGGUGAUCUCGGCUCUCAUCUCCUUCCCUCCGCUCCUGUCCCGGGACCGCACGCUGGAGGAGGACCAGACUUACCCAGCUUGCCGGCUGAACGACGACACCUGGUACAUCCUGCUGUCCUGCGUGGCCUCCUUCUUCGCCCCCUGCGUGAUCAUGGUGCUGGUGUACGUCCGGAUCUACCAGGUGGCCCGUCACAGAACCAGGGGCAUGUCGGUGCGGAGGGACCCUCCCGAGGGCUCGUCCCAGACUGAGGAGGUGGCGGGAGGUCCCAGGGCACCGGACGACAGACAGAACGGGCACUGUAGCCGAGCGGGCGAGGAGCCGCCCGAUGUCGAGGUGGACGAGAGCUCGACCUCGGAGGAGAAAGGUCGCCGGAAACAGGCGGCCAAGAAGGACUCCUUCUCCAAGCGCUCCAGCCGCCUCUCGCAGUCGAGCAGCCGCUCGUUCGUGGUGUUCUCCACCCGCAAGAGACGCCGGAGCAGCCGUGCGUCCAGGAGCAAAGUGUCUCAAGCCAGGGAGAAGAGGUUCACCUUCGUCCUGGCCGUGGUGAUCGGGGUGUUCGUCAUCUGCUGGUUCCCGUUUUUCUUCAGCUACAGCCUGUACGGCAUCUGCCGGGAGCUCUGCCAGGUGCCGGAGACCCUCUUCAAGUUCUUCUUCUGGAUCGGCUACUGCAACAGUUCGCUCAACCCGGUCAUCUACACCAUCUUCAACCAGGACUUCAGGAGAGCUUUCCAAAAGAUUAUCUGUAAAGCCAGGAAGAGGCACUUCUAACGCCAGCCCAAACCGGGGUUUAGCAUUCUAAACCGGUGAACUGUUGGGUUGGAUACAAGUUUACAUUGUAUUCCGUGUAUAUAGUAUGUAUAUUGUAUGUACAUAAUAUAUACAUUGUAUGUAUGUGUAUGGUGUGUGUGUGUGUAUAUAAUAUGGUAUGGAUCUAAAAUGUAAGUAUAUGGAUAUACUGUACUUAUUUUCGGUCAUUUUUAAUUGGAUAUAUUUAUUAUUUUAUAUUGGUUUGAUCUACAGAGUUUGGUUUUAUAUAUAAAAUGGUGAAAUUUUAAAUAUAUUAUGUGUAUCACUAUAUAUUGAUUUUGUAUAUAAAAGGUGAUUUUUAUAUAAUGCUUGAACCACUUCAUAUAUAAAAUCAAUUAUAGGCGUAAGAGUUUGAUCAAAGAUGGUUUUAUAUAUAAGUAAGUUGCUUUAUUUGUACACAAGAUUGCAUAUAAUGUAUAAUUUUAUCUAACCAGCCAAGCUAUGGAAGAGUUAAAGUCCAGUUAUCUUUCAGUCACUACACUUUCUGAUGCCCCUGUGUUUUCUAUGUGUUAUCUGACUGUCUUCCCCACACCAAACCCCCUAACCAUCCCACCCCCACCCUUCACUAGCGAAAAUAAAUGGCUGGAAAGAUCACACUGUUCGCCAGAACUAAGAGAUGAUUUUUUUAAAUGUAAAAGUUGGUGGCUAUUUUGGGAGUUCACUUAUUGGUCAGAUUGCUUCUUCAGAUACACGCAAGCCAUUGAUGGCUUGUAGGAAGCAAGGGUUAAAACAUAAAAAUCAGAAAUAAAGCGCAUUUUCUUUUGUUGGCAGAAAAUUGGCCUGCAGUGUAAUGUAAGUGUUUUUUUUAAGCCAAUUGAUCCAAGCAUAGCUGGUCUUCACUGUUAGCUCCAAAUUCACCAUUACAGUGAUUUCUCCCAGUGUGAUUCACAAGCCAUAAGCGAAUCCCUUCAGAAAUUUUGCAGUGCCCCAGAGGGCAGUACUGAAUUAGGUUGUAACUACAGUAUAUCAUUAUGUAAGUUUUUCAGCUGCUAAGAAGUUGAAGCAGGUGAUACAUGAGCAUUUGAAUAAGUACAUGAAAUCAGAAUCGGGUUUAUUAUCACAGAUUGGGUCAUUAAAUUUUCUGUUUUGGGGCAGCGGUAUGGUGCAAUUCAUAAAAUAUACUAUAAAAUACCAUAAGAAAUUUACGCUGUGGCCGCUUUAUGAGGUUCACCUGUACACCUGCUCGUUAAUGUAAAUAUCUGAUCAGCCAAUCAUGUGGCAGCAACUCAAUACAUAAAAGUAUGCAGACGUGGUCAAGAGGUUUGGUUGUUGUUCAGGCCAAACAUUGAAAUGGGGAAGAAAUGUGAUCUAAGUGAAUUUGACUGUGCGGUGAUUGUUGGUGCCAGACGGUGUGAUUUGAGUGUCUCAAAAGCUGCUGAUCUCCUGGGACUUUCACACACAACAGUCUCUGGAGUUGACUGGAGAGACAAAAAUCCAGUGAGCAGCCGUUCUGUGGGCACAAAUGUCCUGUAAAUGAGAGCGGUCAGAGGAGAGUGGCCAGAAUGGUUCAUGCUGACAGGAAGGCGGCAGUAACUCAAAUAACCAUAUUAUAGGAGCGCACUACAGCAUCUCAGGACCCAAAACCUCGAACUUUGAAGCGGAUGGGCUAUGGCAGCAGAAGACCACAAAUGUACACUCAGUGGCCACUUUAUUAGGUACAACGGGUACCUUGUAAAGUGGCCACUGAGUUGUGUAUAUAUAAAAAAACAAAUAGUGAGGUAGUGUUCAUUGUCCAUUCAGAAAUCUGAACAGAGAGGGAGGGAUAUGGGUUGCAAGCAAGUAACUUGCUAGCUGAGCUACUUGGUCAGCAUGAAGUUGUUGGGCUGAAGGGCCUGUAUCUGUGCCGUAUUGUUCUAUCUUUAACUCUGACUUGUGAAGUAAACACACUGAUGAUUUUUACACCAUGAAUUGUGUGUGUGUGUUCGAGCAAAAUUGCCUUUGGAUAGUGUUCAAGUUUCAGCUGUCCCGGUGGACUGAGGUGAGAGAAAGCAAUAAGCUCAUAUGUCUGCUAAAGGUGAUGAACAGAAAGGAACCAAAACUGGGAGGCUCAAAGGAGGCAAACAACUAGAGUUGCUAAAAAUCUGACCGGACAGUACAACAUAGAAUCUGACCAUCAGCUCACCGUUUUCAUACAGAAGUUGUUGCCCACUGCACUAAUCCCACUUCCCCGCAUUAAGUCAAGUUUAUUGUCAUUUCACUACAUGUAUGCUGUCAAACAAGACGUUUCUCUGAACCAGGGUGUAAAGCACUGUAGUAUACGUAACACACAAUAACUUACGAAAGUCAGAAUGAAGCGACAGAUUAGCCAAUGAGUUAUGCGGAAAGGUUAACCAUUCUCUGGAGCAUAAGAAAAUAAGGGUAGAUUUGAUAGCAGUGUUCUGAAUGAUGAGGUGUACCGACCUUACGUCAGGGGAACAGAAUUAGUCUAUUAGGCCCAUUGAGUCUGCUCCACCAUUUGAUCAUAUCUGAUUUAUUAUCUCUCUCAUCCCCAUCUCUCUCAUCCCCAUUCUCCUACCUGUAAUCAUACUCUAAUCAACAAGGUCCAAAACCGUCCUUUGUACCUCCCUCUGCAAUUGGAUCCUUGACUUCCUCACCAGGAGACCACAGGCUGCAGAUCGGAAUUAACAUCUCGUCCUCUCUGACUAUUGACACUGGUGCACCUCAAGGAUGCAUGCUUAGCUCACCGCUCUACUCUCUAUACCAUGACUGUGUGGCUAGGCACAGCUCAAAUUUCAUCUAGAAAUUUUCUGACGACACAAGCAAUAUUGGCAGAAUUUCAGAUGGCGGCGUACAGGAGCGAGAAAGACCAGCUGAUUUAGUGGCGUUGCAACAAUCUUACCUCAACAUCAGUAAGUCCAAGGAAUUGAUUGUGGACUUUAGGAAGGGGAAGUUAAGGGACCACACACCAGUCUUCUUCAAGGGAUCAGAAGUGGAAUGGGUGAGCAGUUUCAAGUUCUUGAGUGUCAACAUCUCUGAGGAUCUAUCCUGAGCUCAAUAUAUUGAUGCAGUUACAAAGGAAGCACCACAGUGGCUACAUUUCAUUAGCAGUUUGAAGAUAAUUGCUGUUUCACCAAAGACACUUGCAGAUUUCUAGAUUUCUACAAAUUUCUACAUGGAGAGCAUUCUAACUGGUUCCAUCACUCAUUUGGUCUGGAGGGGCAUGCACAGGAUCGGAAAAUACUGCAGAAAGUUGUGAACUUUUCCAACUCCAUCAACUCCUAGCCUCCCCUUCCUUCAUGACAAAAGGCAAUACCUCAAGAAGGCGACAUUCACCAUUAAGGUUCUCCAUUACCCAGGAUAUGCCCUCUUCUCAUUGCUGCCAUCAAGGAGGAGGUACAGGAGCCUGUAGAUACACACUUAAUGUUUUAGGAACAGCUUCUUCCCCUCUGCCAUCAGAUUUUUGAAAGGACAA